UCCCGGGUCCGGGGCCCGGGCUGGGAGGCGGCGGAGGGCGGGCAGCUGCCCCGGAGCCGGGGUGCCUGCCGGCGCGGCCCGCGGGAUGCUGGCGGCAGGGGAUGCGGAGCCGGCCGCGGACUAAGAUGGGGGGCGGCCACUCCCACAGGGCGCCGGUCUUCGACGAGAACGAGGACGUUAACUUUGACCACUUCCAAAUAUUGCGGGCUAUAGGAAAAGGGAGUUUUGGAAAGGUGUGCAUUGUACAGAAGAGGGACACUAAGAAAAUGUAUGCCAUGAAAUAUAUGAACAAACAGAAGUGCAUCGAGAGAGAUGAAGUUCGAAAUGUUUUUCGGGAGCUACAGAUAAUGCAAGGCCUUGAGCAUCCCUUCCUAGUCAAUUUAUGGUAUUCCUUUCAAGAUGAAGAAGACAUGUUCAUGGUGGUGGAUCUCUUACUUGGGGGUGAUCUGCGUUACCACUUGCAACAGAACGUCCACUUUAACGAAGGAACUGUUAAGCUGUACAUCUGUGAGCUGGCACUCUCUCUGGAUUAUUUGCAGAGAUACCACAUCAUUCACAGGGACAUCAAACCUGACAACAUACUCCUGGAUGAGCAUGGGCAUGUUCAUAUCACUGACUUUAACAUAGCAACCAUAGUGAAAGGCUCAGAAAAAGCUUCUUCUAUGGCUGGCACAAAACCCUAUAUGGCUCCAGAAGUGUUCCAGGCCUUUAUGGAUGGAGGUCCAGGAUACUCGUACCCAGUAGACUGGUGGUCGCUAGGAAUUACAGCAUAUGAAUUACUGAGGGGUUGGAGGCCCUAUGAAAUUCAUUCAGCCACCCCUGUUGAUGAGAUACUCAACAUGUUCAAGAUAGAAAGAGUUCACUACUCAUCUGCAUGGUGCAAGGACAUGAUAGCACUACUGAAAAAGCUCCUCACUAAGGACCCAGAGUGUCGUCUUUCAAGCCUUGCAGAUAUCCAAAGCUCUCCAUACUUAGCUGAUGUCAACUGGGAUGCUGUUUUAGAGAAAGCUGUGACCCCAGGCUUUGUUCCUAAUAAAGGAAGACUGAACUGUGAUCCUACAUUUGAACUUGAAGAAAUGAUUUUGGAGUCCAAGCCUCUCCACAAAAAGAAAAAGCGACUUGCCAAAAACAAAUCCAAAGAGGGAACUAAGGAAACUUGCCCACUGAAUGUACACCUGCAGCAGUGCUUGGAAACUGUUAGGAAAGAAUUCAUCAUAUUCAACAGAGAGAAGUCUUGAUGAGAAUGAUAGAGACUGAGAAUGUUUCCACUACAGUAGAUCUAACUAGAUGUGGAUGAAGAGUGAUCCUUUUUCCCAUGUAUUUCAUUUGGACCUGACCAAAAGGAUCACUUUACCUUAAAACUUCUACCAGCGGCAUAAGGGAAGAGAAUAUUUCAUGCCAACUCCUGUGAUCUAUCCAUCUGCUGACAACUGGACAAAAGGGUGAGCCUGCAUCCCUCAUUAUAGACAUUAAUAACAGGCUAGGAAAUCAAUGGAUGUCUCAAGAAUGAGCUUUGGCCCACACUGCUGAGAAACAGCCUUAUUCAUGGUCAAGGGCCUGUAGAUUUUAACCUGGGUUCUAGCUAACUAGAAAGAAAAUAUUCUUCCUGCGGUCCCACGAAGUCUAAUAAGCAAUAGGUUAGUGGAAAGUUUCAUAGCUGCUUUCUUGCUGCUUGUACAUGUAGAUCUAGAGAUGUAUCUAAACUAAAAAACCUAGUUCACAUUUUAACAUGUGGCUGAACAAGACAGAUAUUGUUUAGGAUGCACCUGGUCUUGGAAGGACAGUAAUUCCCUUCUCAGAGGCACUUAUUUACUAGUCUGAAUGUGGCUUUAAUGUUAGUGUUAAUUUGACUGGGUUAGUCUCAUUUUUUUAAAUGGCUGCACAUCAUUUAAUGUUUUCAUUUAUUUUGUGCUUUCACUCCUGUUUUGCUCUAUCAAUUCCCAGGGUAAACCUGGCACCUCAGGACAUUGCAGGUCAACAUGCUCCAGCAUCCAGUGCAAUUUUUCACUUGAUUUCCACAUACUAGUAUUCCACAUGUCACUCACGCUGUAUGUGCACCUGAACCCAUUAUGUUUGAUUAUAAAUUGCUGGUUGAUCGAAAAUUAUAUUCACAGGCAUAUACUGAGAGCAAUUACUCAGCAGGAACUAUCAACCUGAAUCAAUUGCCCAUGGUGUAAGCAUAUUUCCCCAAGGAUUUUUAGGGAGGGUGGGAGUAAAUGUUAUGAGUGUCAGUUGUACAAGAAGAGAUCUGUGAAGGUAUUUCCUCCCAAAUUUUACUUUGCACAUUCAGCUGUAACGAAGCAUAACUUUUAGCCUGCACCUCAGUUAUUUAAAUUGAAAUGGAGUUAAACCAGAGUUGAGUGAUUGCAUGGUAAUGUACUGAGCUAUCAAAACACACAUGUUACACUGUAUUGAGAAAACAGCCCUGAGAUUAUGGUUGUUUACAGCAAAGCAGUCAGGUUCUAUUGAGGCAGUCAGUACCAAGAGUACGUGUUUGGAGGCAAAGGCAGACUGAGUUAAAGGAUGCUUACAUGCAGAACAAAGGCAGCACACAAAAGUUCCAAAGGUAUUUUAAAUAACUGGGAAUUAGAUGACAAAGUCUUUUCUUUAAGAUAUAGCCCAAGUCAUGCAGAAAAGCUACUGCUGGAAGCCCUAGUGCCUGAAUAUGCUACAGGCAUGGUCUGCAUGGAUGAACAGGCAA